AUCAUAGAGGCAGGUUUACAACAUACAGGAAAAUCACACAGUACCAGGAAUCAUGGCCUAGCCAAAUUGAUUCACACAUUUUUGGGGGGACAUAAUUCAAACCAUGACAAGCAGUAACCCCCCCAUUCUCCUCUCCCCUGAGUCCCCGCUAGCAACUAAUUAACUUUGGUCUCUGUGCUUUAAUCAUAGAUUAAAAUUAGGGCUGUGUAACUUGCUCAAAGUUAUCUUAUAUGGACCCAUAUUUCAGCUCCGCUCAAACCUGUUCAGCAGCUUAGCAACAUGCAAGUCCCCACUGACAGACAGCUGGUGGUGGCAGCCCAUGAGGUGCACUGGCCUAGAAUGGAAGCCAGGUUUUCCCCGUGGAAGCAGCCAGCUGCCACAAUGACUGUGCGGUUGUGUGGUAAUGGAGGCAGAGCAGGCAGGGAAGAGGAGCCUGGGUCACUGAUGACUUCGCAGAGCACCUGUGUCAUCCUGCACGGUAACCUCUCGGCUUCCUGUUAUACGUGGAGAUAAAAUGGCUCCUGGUGGGGCAUGAUUCACAAUCUCCAGCCUGGACAUGAAACUGGGCACUGGUCUCCUCCCCCACAGCCCCGGAGAUGGAGGCCAUGGCCCGGGCACCCUGAAGCCCAGGUCAGUCGCCUCCCAUCCAUCAGCGUGUGCCAUCUGCCACCUGGCAGCCUCUCGUCUCAGAAUUCCAUCCCAGGCUCCAGCCAAGGUCCCAGGUGUGGUGCAGGAAGAGAUGAUCCAUUCUAGGCAGCUGGGGACUGAGCACAACCAUCUUGCACAUCCAUGCAAUCACAAGUAAGGAUUUUAACUGCUCUGACUGGUGUGUGGACCAAACAUCAUUCAUCUGCCUCCAGAUUGCCUAGUGGCCCUGCUUCCACUGCCACCUCUCUUCCUGAAGUGGCUUCUUGGGCUUAGAAAGCACAUUCACUUAGACUUCCAGAAGCUGGAGCCAGGAAAUGGACUCAGUGGCUGUUGAGGACGUGGCUGUGGACUUUACCCAGGAAGAGUGGGCAUUGCUGGAUCUUUCUCAGAGGAAACUCUACAGAGAUGUGAUGAUGGAAACAUUCAGAAACCUGGCCUCAGUAGUUUCUCGAAACCUUAAUGAUGGAGAAAAGCUAUCCACUGAAAAUAUAAUAAUACCAUUCAUGAAAAAUUAUACCUGGUCCUCGAUGGUAGGAGAAAUCUGCGAAUUGCAUGGCAUUGAAGAUCAGGAUAACAACCAGAAAACACAUGUGAGAAGGCAUAUGGUAGAGAACCUCUGUGAAAGUAAUGAAGACAAUCAGUGUGGACAGACCUUCAGCCAGAUUCCAAAUCUUUCUAUGCUAAAAAGAACUCCUGUGGAAGCAUAUCCUUCUGAAUGCCUUGAGUUUGGAAAAUCCUUGAUGGAUCAUUCAUCACUUAAGCAUCAUGUCAUAUCUCACUCUGGAUGCAGUGCCUCUCAGUGUAAGGAAUGUGAAGAAGCCUGCAGUUGUCCCUCUUACCUCAGCACUCUUGUGAGAACUCUUCUUACUGGAGAGAAACCCUAUGAAUGUAAGGAAUGUGGGAAAGCCUUUAGUCAGUCCUCAAGCCUCACUACACAUAUAAGAAUUCACAGUGGAGAGAGGCCUUAUGAAUGUAGGGAAUGUGGGAAAGCUUUUAGUCAGUCCUCAAACCUCAUUAAACAUAUGAGAACUCACAGUGGAGAGAGGCCUUAUGAAUGUAAGGAAUGUGGUAGAGCCUUCCGUCAUUCCUCAAACCUCACUAGACAUAUGAGAACUCACAGUGGAGAGAGGCCUUAUGAAUGUAAGGAAUGUGGGAAAGCCUUUAGUCGGUCCUCUGACCUUAUUACACAUAUAAGAAUUCACAGUGGAGGGAGGUCUUAUGAAUGUAAGGAAUGUGGGCAAGCCUUUAGUCGGUCUUCUGACCUCAUUACACAUAAAAGAAUUCACAGUGGAGAGAGGUCUUCUGAAUGUAAGGAAUGUGGGCAAGCCUUUCAUAAGUCCUCAAACCUCAUUAUACAUACGAGCAGUCACACUGGAGAGAGGCCUUAUAAAUGUAAGGAAUGUGGGAAAGCUUUUAGUCAGACCUCACACCUUGCUGCACAUAUAAGAACGCUCAGUGGAGAGAGGCCUUAUGAAUGUAAGGAAUGUGGGAAAGCCUUUCAUGAGUCCUCACACCUUGUUAUACAUAUGAGAAUUCACAGUGGAGAGAGGCCUUACGAAUGUAAGGAAUGUGGCAAAGCCUUCAGUCGGUCCUCACACCUCACUUCACAUAUAAGGAGUCACAGUGGAGAGAGGCCUUAUGAGUGUAAGGAAUGUGGCAAAGCCUUUAGUCGGUCAGCAAGCCUUACUACACAUAUAAGAAGUCACAGUGGAGAGAAGCCUUAUAAAUGUAAGGAAUGUGGGAAAGCCUUUCAUAAGUCCUCAAACCUCAUUAUACAUAUGAGCACUCACAGUGGAGAGAGGCCUUAUAAAUGUAAAGAAUGUGGGAAAGCUUUUAGUCAGUCCUCAAACCUCACUAAACAUAUGAGAACUCACAGUGGAGAGAAGCCUUAUGAAUGCAAGGAAUGUGGCAAAGCCUUUCAUAAGUCCUCAAACCUCACUAUACAUAUGAGAAUUCACAGUGGAGAGAGACCUUAUGAAUGUAAGCAAUGCCGCAAAGCUUUUAAUAGAUCCUCGCACCUCACUAGACAUAUGAGAACUCAUAGUGGUGAGAGGUCUUAAGUAAGGAAUGUGGGAAAGCCUUUAGUCUUUAGUGCUUACUGAACAUAAAUACCCUCACAGUGGGAGAGACUUUAGGAAUGUAAGGAGUGUGGGAAAGCAUUUAGUUAUUCUUCAUCCCUCACAGAAUACAUAGGAAAUCACCCUGGAGAGAAACAUUUUGAAUAUACAGAAUGUGGGAAAUUAUGAAUCCUCAAACUUCACUAAACCAAAAAAUCAAACCCAGUGCCGUUGAGUUGAUUUCGACUUGUAGUGACCCUAUAGGCCAGAGUACAACUUCCCCACAGGGUUUCCAAGGAGUGGCUGGUGGAUUUGAACUACCGACCUUUUGGUUAGCAGCCAUAGCUCUUAACCACUGUGCCACUAGGGCUCCCAAACCUCACUAAUCUUACAAAAAUUCACAGUGGAGAGAGGCUUUAUAAUGUAAGGAAUUUGGCCACAUAUGUAAAUUAGGAUGAAACAGCAAAUGUUAGUUGCAGAAUUUCACUUCACCCUUUAACCUAAGCAUGCACCUCCUACAAAUAAGGCCAAUUUUCUACCAAAAAACCCCCCAGAUAUUCACUGUCCCACACAACUAAUGAAAAUUUCUCCAGUUGUUCAUAAAGUAUCUAUUACAGUUGGUUAAAUUUUUUGAAGCUAGGAUCCAAACAAGAUUUCUACAUUGCCUUUUUAUUCUUAAAUCUGUUUAAUCUGUCUUACACAGAACAUUCUCUUGAUUGUCUUGUAAAGUGUUAAAAUGUUCCGCAUUCUGUUACAGUAAAACUUGUGAAAGUCAGAAAAUUGUCAGAGAAGGAAAACUCACUGGGUGUGAGGUAGGAUUCUUAAUAGAGAGCAAGAGAAAAGUGGUAAGCACCCUGUCAAAGGUGGAAAACAUUCAAGACCUGGAAAAACAGGCAGUCCUGUCGAGUUCCGGCUCUCACAGGUUUCAGUGUAUUCAUUUGAUCAUGAUUUUGUUUAGUUUGUCUUUUGUAAUUUUGUAAGGUAGACCCCCAGUUCUGUCUAAUACAAAUGUAAUGCGAGUCAAAGAUGUAAUUUAAAAUAUUUUAGUGGCCAUAUUAGAAAAUUUUAAAUGUGUAAAUGAAAUUUUUAAUGAAAAGUGUUAUGUAACACAAUAUAACCAGUUAUUGUCAGUGUAAAAAUUGUAAAUGAACAGCUAAAGUAAUCUAUAUAACUUUAUUUAUGAGACAUUUUACAUCUCCUUCCUUUUGUACUCAGUCUUCCAGUGUCCAGAAACAGCACAUCUGGUACAUUUUACUGUUGAAAGGUAGAUUCACAAUCCCAGGUUACUCCAAACAUACUUUUCCAAUAAUUGAAUCAAGUUUAUUGUUAUAUUAAGAUUAAUUAAAUUCAGGUUUUUAGUUGCACUAGCCACAUAGGUUGUUGACACAACCCUAUUAGUGUUUGAAUGCAAAGGAAGUCCCUGGAUGACUUUGUACUUUCCUAUUGCAGACCUGGAAACCCUGG